AUGGUGAGGGCCAGCCCUCCACAAGCUCUCUCCAUGAACGAGCUACAGCAAAUAACUGAUGACAUUUCCAACCUGACCAUUGUGCAUGCAAUUGUACUCAACAGUGACUUCAAACUGCAAGUGCCCAGUUUCUCCCCCAAUAGCCUGUAAAACAGAGUGAAGGAGACAUUGCAGAAAGCCUUCUGGGACAGCCUGGAGGAACAGCUCUCUGCCGCUCCCCCAGACUACACUUGGGCAAUCCAGCUUCUGCAGAAGACAAAAGAGGCCCUGCUAUCAUUGCUGCUGCCACGGCACAACCGACUGUGAAGCCAGGUUGAAGAGACCUUGGACAUGGAGUUGAUUAGACAGGAGGCUGAGCGUGAAGCUCUGGACAUCCACGGUCUCACCACAUACAUCCUUGGCACAAUGGCAAGGCUGUGUGCGCCCAUUUGAGAUGAGGAAGUACGAGGGUACUUACUCACAGACUCAGCUCAACUUCUCAGUGAGAUUUUCUGGGUGUUGGGCCUGAUGAAAAUGGAUAUGCUGAAUUUUACCAUCCAGAGCCUCUGCACCCACUUGCAAGACCACACCGUCCAGUAUGAAUGGAAGAAAUUCCAGGAACUCUUGGAUAGGCUGCCUAAUAGCCUGGAUCGCACAAGAGAGUGGCUGUGCAAAGCAGCAGCGGAAGUGUCCGCGUCCUCUUCACAGCCGCCACCCUGCCCUGCCGUCAGCAGCUCACCUGCUGCACACGCUGGGGCUGUCAGCAGUAGCACAACUGUGCCAAGUCUCAUGUCUGUGCUAAUUUGAGGAUACGUGAAUCUGCUCUGCUGGGAGCCUGGGCAAAAGGAAUACCCUGAGGUGCUGUUUAUGGAUCAGGCCCCACUGCAGGAAGUACAAGCGGAGGUGAAUCAGCUUACCGUCACAGCUGCAGUCCUGCUAGUGACCAGUGGCAUGUGUGGAAGCACCUUGUGUGGCUCACCUGGGUUUGUAGCUAGGCUGAAAUGGGUAACAAAGGUCCUCUUGAAGGGCUGUCUUGUACCAGGUGGGUGUGAAGAAGCUUUAGAUGGCAUCAGCGACCAAGUGCCAGAAGUCAGCAGCAUUCUCUCGCAGCUGGGUUACGCUGCUUUUACCACUGACAAAUGUGCUUCCCUGAAAGGCCAGAUAAAAAGCAUUGCGGACAAGGGCAACGCAGUCUGACAUGUCAUCGAGCAGCAGAUUCAUUCCUUCCUCAGCCUUUUCAUUUCCCUGGAUGGACACAAUUCUCAAAAAGGUUUCCCAAAGGGCCUUGAUCCCAUUCAGGAAGAGCUGCUGGAAGUUGGGCGCAGGUUUGGAAGCAUGAUCCACCACAACAGGCAGGGGUUUGGACCUUAUUACUCGGGAAUUCUCAAGAAGGUGCUUCUCCCAGACGCAGAACCAGACUCAGACGCAGGGAUGGAUUCUUUCUGA